AUGAAGUCUCUACUCAAGAUUAUCAGGAAGAAGGGUGACUCGAAGGUCAAAUCGAAAGCGGCCAAGCAAGAUGAUCGAGGAGAGACUGAGGCUCCGACGAUGGCAACAUCCAGCACUGUUGGGGGCAAGGCGAAUGAGUCGUCUCCGCCUCCCUCAAGCAAUGGUGCAUUACUGGCCCCGCCAGUCGUCGCGAGAGUGAACUCGGGUGCAUCGUCUUCGGAAUCUGGCGCGAAUACCCCGUCGCCAGAGGAAGAGGCAGAAACAGCGCAGGCGCUCGUUAAACUUGAAACAACGGGCGCCGAAUCUGGUAUAUGGGCGCUGGUCAUCGCGAUCAACGACUACCCCACUGCUCCCUUGCAGGGAGACGCCUCGCGCGAGUCCAUACUUUCGACAUUCAGGAGGCACCUCAUCGAGAAUGAUGCGAUCAACAAGGGAGAUGGUAUCAUCUUCUUCUUCGCUGGUCAUGGCACGCGGGAGUAUGCCUCUGAAGACUGGGGGUUGGACGGCGACAUCGUCGAGUGUAUUUGCCCUCAAGACUUGAACUUCACCACGGUACACGGCAUCCCGAGCACGACGCUCAACGGCCUCUUCCGCGAACUGGCGCACGUGAAAGGGGACAAUAUCACGAGUAUCUUCGACUGUUGUCAUUCGGGCACCAUCACGCGGAAAGAGCGAGGAUUACGAUAUCUGACCCCUCCCCGAGACGUGAAACCCGUGAUCCCAUCGACCACUGACGCCGACGCCCGCAAAUGGUGGCCAGGUCGUAACGAAGGCAACAGAGCAGCGAAGAACGUUGUGCCCACCAGCUUCCGCUACGAUGCCAUGAAGUCACACGUGCUGAUGAGUGCCUGUCGCGCGGAAGAGGAGGCCAUGGAACGGAUCGUCGAGAGGACGAAAGCGAUUCGAGGGUUCUUCACGAGCACGCUCCUCGAGGUCCUAGACCAGCAUGAAGGCAUGACUGCUGGUCUCACGUAUGCCUACCUCUUCGAGGAACUCCUGCCGGCGACAGUGUUCCAGCACCCACAAUGCCUCGGCAAGCACAAGAACAGGCUUCUGUGGAACACCACGAUCAAGAUCGUGAACGGGUUCAGGAUCACCGUAAGAAACGGCUCGUUCGUCGUGCACGCCGGCCGGAUCCACGGUAUCGCACCUCGCACGACGUUCACCGUACAGGCCCGCGACGAAACGGACAGGAACCUCGGCACGCUCGUCGUCUCGGAUCUCAAAGAUCUCGAGGCGACGUUCGACAUCGCCACCGGGGCUCGCGCGGUGAUCCAGGACUGGAACAACGAGGACCUCACCCUGGACGUCUUCGUCCACCCCAGUGUCAAGGGGAAACACACGGAGCUUGGUCAGGAGGCGAUCCCAUCCCAACUCAAGGACCGUAUACCUGCCGCGGACUCUCCAGAUCAGGCUGACUUGAGCCUCAUACCUAGCACGACGACGAAUGACACGAUCGUGGAGCGAUACGACCCCCUCAUGCGCCAGUUCGCCCGCCAGAUCACCGUGGAUCUGGACAAAGCCCACGUCCAGUACCUUGUUAUGGCCGCGCUCCACUUCAACUUCCAUCUGUACCGCCAGCCGAACCCGUUGAACGUAUUCUCCACGGUCCACCUCGAGCUGUACCGAUUGCGCGAGGAGAGCGCCGGAGUGAAGCGGUACGUGCCGGUGGACGAGGUGAACCUUUUCCAUGGCGAGCAUCAGGUGAAGGCGUACAAGGCCCAUGGCCCGGCGGUGCUGCAGGAGGCUGUUCUCACCGAUUUUGAGUCACACUACGGCAUGAAAAUCGUCAACGACUCAGACUAUGACUUAUUCCCCUAUAUAUUCAAUUUUGAUCCCAAUGACUACAGUAUUCAGCUCACGAAACGCCCAGGCCUGGCAUUACCCGAAUCCUCGUCCAUGGCACCUCCCCUUCGUGCCCACAAUAGCCUCAAAGUGGGUUACGGGUCGCGGGAAAUCGGGAAGGAUUCGACCAUCCGGGUAGAGGUUCCGCCAGGGAAAGACAUCGACACGAGCUUCCUCAAGUUGUUCGUGUCCACGUCCUUUGUGGACAUGGUUUCGUCGCCCAAGGCUCCUACAACGGCUAUCGAGCGGCAAGGCUGCAGAAGUCUGUCGAACAGCGCGAGCUAUGGAGUGCAUGGACUUACCUUCUGA